GAAUCCGACCACAUGGACACUUUCUGCAUCAAAUCAUCUAGAAAUAUCACUCACAACACAAUUUACAACACAAACCUCAACACCAUGCUCUCUACUUUUCGCAACAAAUCAUCCAUCGUCAACUAUUACAAUCUCACAACUGGUCUAACUUCCGACACAGUCUAUGGAAUGUUCUUAUGCACAGGAGACGUCAACAUAACAACUUGCAACGCCUGCGUCAAGAACGCAACAAUCGAGAUUGUCAAAAACUGUACUAACCAUCGAGAAGCAAUCAUUUACUACAUGGAUUGUAUGGUUCGUUACUCAGAUAAGUUCUUCCUAUCGACUUUAGAGACAAAGCCUAAUAGCAUUUGGAGCGCUGAUGAUCCAAUACCGAAAACACUAGGUCCAUUCAGAAAGAGAUUGUUGAAGAAAAUGGGAGAGGUUAUCGUAAGAUCAUCUAUGUUGUCUUCAGCUCUCACGCCGUAUUAUUACUUGGAUGUGACUCGAUUUGAUGGCUCCUACGAUCUUGACUCUCUUGUUCAGUGUAGUCCACAUUUGAAUCCUGAAAACUGUACCAUAUGUCUGGAAUAUGCGUUGCAAGAAAUUAUCGACUGUUGUAGUGACAAAUUUUGGGCUAUGAUCUUCACUCCUAACUGUUUUGUGAAUUAUUAUAUCACAACUCCACCAUUGCCGCCGCUUCCAUCACCGUAUCACCAUAGCGGUUCUUUCUCCAUCAGAGGUGAGCAUAUAUACAUUUUUGUGUAACAAUUGUUUCUUUGCGUUAUUUUUGAUUUAUUAUCAGUAUUAUAUCUGUUGUGUAAUGUUUGGAUUAUUUUAUUUUUCAGGAAAUGAUGAAAUAUUUUGGGGAAUGACUCUGGCAGCUUUGGUGUUUACAUUUUAGGUCUAUGAUAAAACUGCGGGCGGGUUUAAGGACAAACUAAAAAUUCAGAUUUGUU